AUGCCUUCUGGAACAUCACACUGGGAACAAGUUGAAUUUUCUUUCAAGAAGCAUCAGAAGGGAUGUCAUCUGGUGACUUCUGAAGUGCUUUCAAAGAUUCCUCAAUUGAAAGAUUACACAAUUGGUACGCUGACAGUAUUUAUCAAACACACUUCAGCAGCUUUAACCCUUAACGAAAACUGUGACCCCUCAGUGAGAGUAGAUAUGCACAAUACGUUGGCACGUAUUGCUCCCGAAGAUGAGAGGUUGUAUACGCACAAUGAUGAAGGACCAGAUGACAUGCCAGGACAUGUGAAAUCCUCUCUCCUUGGUGCCUCUGUAACGAUUCCAAUCACCAAUGGACGACUAAACACAGGAACCUGGCAAGGCAUCUGGCUAUGUGAAUUCAGAGAUGAAGUUUAUAGAGGAAGAACAGCAGUGGCCACAAUUAACGGGCUGAAGGCUAAAUAG